CCGCCCGACAUGGCGGCGGCUCGGCGGGACGGGCCCCGCGGCCUCGGCCCCGCGCCCGUGUGGAAGCGGAGCGACGGGGACGUCUGCUGCUGGCAGGUAUUCGGUUAUCUCGUCAGCCUUCAGGGAACGUGAUGUUGUUAGGGGAAACUUUUCAGAAGCGAGGAGAAACACAGCUUGUGGUCGUGACACGCAGCCCCUGUGUUUGCGGCGCCAGGGAGCCGCAGCAGGGACCCGAGCCCGCAGAGCCCAGAAGGUUUGGUGGCUUCUCUGGGGAAGGCUGCAGGAACACAUCAGGUCAUCCCUGUUGCUUUCUGGCAGCAGGACUAGAAGGCUGACGUGUAUUUUAAACGUUGAAACAGAAUCUCCCUUAAAUUUGAGCUGAGGAAGGUGCAGGCUGGGCAAAAUCCUCUGUGCUGGGCCCUGGGGCGGCUGCAGCUGGAGUGCUGUGGGAGCCCCUCACUCACUGCCAGAGGGACACCGAGGGGCUGGAGCGUGGCCAGAGCCGGGCAGGGAGCUGGGGAAGGGCUGAGGGAUGGGGGUGUUGAGCCUGGAGAAGAGGAGGCUGAGGGCUGACAGGAGCACCCUCUGCAACUCCCUGACAGGAGGCUACAGGGAGCUGGGGGUCGGUUGCAUCUCCCCAGUAAUGAAUUACAGGACAAGAGGAAACGGGCUCAAGUUGCCCCAGGGGAGGUGAAAUUGGAGCUGAAACAGAACUUUUUUCCUUGAGAGAGGGGUGUCAGGCCCUGUGCCAGGCUGCCCAGGGAGCUGGGGGAGUGCCCAGCCCUGGAGGGAUCCCAAAGCUGAGGUGCUGAGGCCGUGGGGUAGUGCUGGGCAGGGCAGGGUGAGGGCAGGGAUGGGACUCCAUGAGCUUUAAAAUGUCUUUUCCAACCAAAACGAUUCUAUAAAAGCCAUCGGUGCCUGGGCUCUGUGGUGCAGGGGACUGAAGGAAGUGCGAUGGGAGGAAAAUAAACUCGCCUUCGGUUGUGCAGGGAAUUAGAGGGAAGGAGCACCCAAACUGUGCUCCAGCAGCUUUAGCCACUGAUUCCGGGCUUUGUGUCGGUGGUCGGUUUAUUACUACGGGGCUCCUGAGGCGAAGGCUCGGUGUGCGGUGGCUUUGAAGCGCGGGGGUAAGCAGGCAGCGGGGGCCGGUGCCCCCGGCUGCUGGGCGGUGCUGGGGCCGGGAGGUGGCCCAGCCCGCUGCGGUAGCUGCCACCCACCCUCGGGAGCGCAGCCAGCGCCCGGCUCUCCCCGCCCGCAGCGCCUGCAGCCUGGGGGAGGUGGAUGGAUGGAGUAUCGAGGAGCAGAGCGGCAGCCGAGGGCCCCGCCAGCGCUGCCCGCCCGCCGGUGCGGAGCGGGGGAGGAGGCGGGGGCGGGCGCGGAGCCGAGCCGAGGCUGCGCUCCCUGCAGCGGCGGAGCCCCGCGCGGAGCCGGCCCCAGCUCCGCGGCUCCUACGCGAUCAUCGUCUCGUGCCGCUGGACAGUGGAGCUGAUGGCGAUAGCGCCUCUCUUUCCUCUUUGCCCCCUCCUUCUUGCUUCUCCACAAGCAGCCUCUGUAUAUAGGGGUGUGUAAACUUGAAGAACCCGGGGUUUUCCAGUUAAAACCUCCACUUGCAGCUCAGCGCAGCAGACAUGCCUGAACAAAGCAAUGAUUACAGGGUGGUUGUGUUUGGAGCAGCAGGGGUUGGCAAGAGCUCCUUGGUCCUUCGUUUUGUGAGGGGAACUUUCAGGGAAACCUAUAUCCCCACCAUCGAAGAUACCUACCGGCAGGUAAUCAGCUGUGAUAAGAGCAUCUGCACCCUUCAGAUUACAGACACCACAGGAAGCCAUCAGUUCCCUGCUAUGCAGAGGCUGUCCAUAUCCAAAGGGCAUGCUUUCAUCUUGGUGUACUCUGUCACCAGCAGGCAGUCCAUGGAAGAUCUUCAGCCCAUCUUUGAACAGAUUUGUCAGAUUAAAGAGGACAUCCAAAAAAUCCCAAUAAUGCUGGUGGGUAACAAAAGUGACGAGACCCAGAGGGAGCUGGAUGCCAGCGAGGGGCAAGCAUUAGCCAGCAAGUGGAAGUGCUCCUUUAUGGAGACGUCAGCCAAAAUGAACUACAAUGUGCAGGAGCUUUUCCAGGAGCUCCUGAAUCUGGAGAAGAGGAGAACUAUCAGUCUCCAGGUGGAUGGAAAGAAAUCCAAGCAGCAGAAAAAGAAGGAUAAACUGCAAGGCAAGUGCUCUGUUAUGUGAUUGACUUUGGCUGGACUCGCACCCCUGCAUGGUGCAAUCGGAGCGUGGGCUCCCACAGAAAGUAGUCCUUCUGCUGGAGGUUUCAGAUGAACCUAUGCCUUACAGGGCUACUGCUUGUCUCUCAGAUCUCUGCUGGAUUGUUUUAUACUUUGGUUUUAAAGAGGAUGAAUUUCUGCAUGGUUAUAUUUUUAAAACAAUAAACGUUGAAUGUUAGCCAGUACAUGUGACUAGAAGUUUUUAAUGCAAGAAGUUUACAGGAGAGAAAAAUGUCAGUCAGAAAGAAACACCUCUCUUCCUGUGAGUAUAUGCUAGGUUUUGUUUCCAGCCUGUUAGCUCAGAAGAAAUGAUGAUAUAUCUAUAACAUGUAUACUUCAAAAAUCGUUUCCAGGGAUUUGUUGACUGCAGCAGAUCCUUAACAAAGCUAGGCAUUUGCACUGCAAGGGAAUGUGUGUGUGGCUCCUGAUGCUUGCAUUGCUGGCAGACAGACUGGCUCCCCUACCAAAGAUGCAUUUCUUUUUCAUGGUAGAAGUUAGGUUUAGCUGUGUGCCGUGUAAUUCCUGAGACCUCUGCAGUUCCGUGAGUGAUUCCAGCUCUGCCUGUGUAUAAUCAGGCUGCUUGUUUACUCUGACUUCCCCUGCUCACUGAGACGGGAGGUUCCACGUGCUCCAGCUCCGAAUGCGGGGGUGAUUCUCAGCAUCCUUGAGCAAGAGCUGCCUCCCUCACAAAGGUAACUCGGUGACUGUAAGCCCCAGUGGUCAGCUGGUUGUCUGGGCAGUUUGCCUUUCCUUCCCAGCUCUCAGUCUGGUUUUGCAUGUGACUGAAGGUACUUUUGCAGUACCCAUAGAGUUCUCCUAGAUAUCUUUUUUCCCCUCUCUCUUCAAGUUACCCAGGUUUUAGCUGAGACUUGUGACACGUUGGUUCAGGUAACACUCCUUCGGGAAGAAACAUCUGCACUUGGAAGCUGUGUGUUGACAGCAAACUCCUCUCUGAGGGAAGCUCGUAGCAGACACUUCCCAGAGGUGAAAGGCCUGGAGACAUGGCCUUCAUCCAUCUCUUGUUUCCCUCCCCCUGCUUACCUUUAUGGGUUUUUUUGCUGUUGUUAACAACAGACAAGCAUGAUGAGGUUUAUUUGCAGUGCAUGGUUGAGAAAGAUCUCAAGAAAAUCAGUGCAAGUGUUUGCUCUCAGCCUGUGCCAUAGAUCUCCCACCUUGUGUGUGUCUCAGUCCAAGCAGAAGGCUGUGAAGACUUCAGUAUUGCACCGUAGAUCUAAUCGUGACGCAGCAGCAUCGUCCUGGCACAAGGUAUGUGGGAGAGAGGAAUUGCUUCUCUUUAUAGCCCUUUUCUCAUGGAAGGAUUUUAGUGUUGAAGAUGAGCAAAAUAGGAGCCAGGAGGUGCUGGGAAGUACACACCCUGUCUGAGUUGGAAAGCAUUAGUGGCUAUUAAUAACUGCUGGCUUUCUGCGUAAGCUGCCAGAGCAGGGCCUGUUCUUCCAGCCACCAUUGGGCUGUGUGUUGCAGACUGAUACACAACACCAUGAAGUUUGUAUCUAUGUUAGUAUCUCGUGUAUAUGAACAACUCUUGUGGUCAGUGCUGGCUCCUGAUGCUUCAUUGUGUCCUGUGUCUGCCAGGUAGCUGCUUUCUCCAUCCCCUUGGGCUGUUCCCGCACACAUGUAAGGGCUCAGCUGGCCCCUCAUGUGCUGGGGAGUCUGCCCCAGUCACAGCUGCAGCCCUCACACCACUUGAUUCAGCAGAAAAUCAAGAUGGUGGUUACAGAAGCCCCAGCCAGUUCUGGAUGAGUGCUUGGUGCUGACAGAAGCGUUAGGCUCACUUGCCAAAAGGAAGUGCAGGUUUGCCAAGCUGAUACGGAGGCACCAUACCGGGCUUUUCUUACUGGGGAUGAUGCCCCACAAGCUUCCUGAGCUGGGCUGGUGCUGCCAGCUGGUGUAGCCCUCUGUGCCACUGCCCCGUGGAACCUUCCCUU